UGUAAUUUGGUGCAUAAAAUCAAAAUACUGUAAUUAAGAGUAAGCACUGAAUUUAUAAGUAAAACAAUUAAAACAGGAUUCUCUCAUUCCGUCCGCGCCUUGAAGGUUUCGUCUUUGUUAAUUGACUAAAAAUGGAUCCGAUCCCGGAUGUGAAUGCCCUCCUCGAUCAUGCUAUUGAUAUCGUCAUGGAGGCCAUGCCUGCAAUUCAAACGGAAAUUAAGAACGAGAUUGCUCGAUGCACGGGGGCAGCUGCUCGGCGGAGUGUAGGUGUAGCCAUGAAGAGGCCUGCAUCUAGUCAGCAAGUCGAGAUUUCAUCAGACGACUCGUCUUCCUCUGAAGCAGAAAAUGAUGUUUCGCAGAGCCAGCAGCCAAAUGUAAAACCUACCUUGGAACUGUCUUCUGAAGCAUGGCUGUUUAGAAGAGCAAAAAGCUACCAGGAAUACAUGAAGUCAAUCCCAAUACCGAUCAUCCGUGGCGCUGUUAUUCCGUACAUAUCAUGGGCUGGACUGGGAGCGUCAAUGAAGCAGAUGUAUGAGCAGCCUCUGCACUACCUCACCAACAUCCACUUGAAGCAGAUGGACAGGGAGAGGCUCGGUGCAGAGGAUGAGGACGUCUCACUCGACCUGAUCAUUCAUCCCUGCAAAGCCGAGGCCACCAUCUGGCUCAUGGAAGAGAUACACCGACAAAGCUCAUCUCCGCAGCAUCUUGCUCGGGUCUGGUCAGCUGACCCUAUGUAUCACACCUUUAUCGACGCCAUUUUCCCUAAGCGUGGAUCUUGACUUGGCCUAUUUUGUAGCUUUGUUUUCAAGGUGUUUGUGUGUAUGGAAUUAGUGGCUUCUCUUGGUAUCUCUAGCAACUUUUCUAUCUAUCAUCUUAUCUGUGUUUCUUAAUGUAACUUGUGAUUUAUAUUCUAAAAGAAAAGGAGAAAUGAAGCAAGUACACAAACAAAACCAAA